CUCGACGAACACUCAUCCACUUUCUGGCUCCUUCGUGAAAAGAAUUGUUACAGGCGAUGCAAACACGCCUGGCAUUUCACGCCUACGUUCGAUGUAGUGGAUUCCGCCGAUUUGCUUCAGGAGCGAAUUUGAGACCGUUCUCAGCUCGGUCUUCCACAACAUUUGCGCCAAACAAGACCUCAGAGCUUGCAUAUUUCUCGAGAAAUGAGGUCUCUGCAUACGUCGACCCGCUGUCGCUCGAUGUGCGAAUACCGUCACCAGACAGUUCCGAGCUGCCUAUUCCAUAUCCUCCCCCAGACGUCCCCCUCUCCGCAUAUCGCCCCGCGCCACCCCUUACGUCAGGUCGACUCAUCUCAAUAUACGGACAGCUCUCGAAGACGAACCUCUCCGUACUCAACAUCCUAGUCGUCAUGUCUGGUGUUGCACUCUCUCCUCUUCCUACCACCAUCCCUGUCCUCCUUUCGACAGCACUCGGUACUGCUUUGUGUUGCGGCUCUGCCAACACUCUCAAUCAGAUCCAAGAAGUACCUUUCGACGCGCAGAUGGCCCGUACUCGCUCGCGGCCUCUUAUUCGACGGGCUAUCAGCCCCCUCCAUGCCACUGGCUUCGCUGUCGUGGCCGGUGUGGCGGGCCCAGUGCUCCUAUGGACCAUGGUCAACCCCAUCACAGCUAUUCUAGGAGCAGGCAAUAUCGCUCUCUACUCGGGACUAUACACCUGGAUGAAGCGUCGCACCAUCUGGAAUACAUGGGUUGGCGCCGUCGUAGGUGCCAUCCCACCACUCAUGGGCUGGACAGCGUGUGGCGGCCACCUCCUACCUUCACCCGAACACCCAAUCGCCCUCUUCCUCCCCCCGUUCCUCACAGAUGCACCACUCGAUCUCUCACUAAUAGACAACCCGCUAGCACCUUUCGCACUCUUCAUGUUGCUCUUUUCGUGGCAAUUCCCUCACUUCAACGCCAUCGCGCACUUCGUCCGUGGGUCAUAUGCCCAAGCGGGCUAUCGCAUGCUCUCUGUGCUCGAUCCCAAAAAGAACGCUGCAGUAGCCCUGCGACAUGCCGUCCUCCUCACCGGCAUUUGCUCCGUCCUGGUCCCAAUUUCCGGACUGACGACCUGGUGGUUCGCGAUCACCAGCCUUGCGCCGAACGCCAUAUUCGUACAAAGCACAUGGAAAUUCUGGAAGGAUGGGGGGGAUAAGUCUGCGAGGGUGAUGUUCCAGCACAGUUUGUGGUGGUUGCCGGUUGUGCUUGGAUUGAUGAUGGUGCAUAAGCAGGGCACGGAUUGGGGCAGAUGGUUGGGCUUUGGGCGGACCUCUGAGCAGGAGAAAGAGGUGGCUGGUGUCGAUACGUCGUCAUAGCCUGCCGACGGUCUCUUUGCUGCUUUGUUUUCGCGCAUAUUGUAUCACUUUUUCUGGAUGUUCAUCUCACUCGUUCAAUGUAAUUUUGCUCUCCG